GUUUCAUCAGUGAGUGCAGCAUUACAUGAUACAAGUGUUCUAGUGCAAAGAAGUAUGUUAGAUUUCUUACUGCAGUGUCUUCCAAUGCAUACUGGUAGACUAGACAAAGAAGAUACAACCAAAGUUGUGAUGGCUGCACUAAAUGUUGUACUGCGACGUGACAUGUCAUUAAAUCGACGUCUUUAUUCAUGGCUUCUUGGAGGAGACUCAAAUAGCUUAUCAAGUGGAGCAGAAUUUCGUCCACGUAUGCAGCAUGCAGAAAGUGUCUCUAGUUCAAUAACAACUCUAAGUGAAGAUGAAACUUCAUACUUUGAUUUGCAUUCCAAAGAGCCGUUAUUUGAAGCAUUGAAAUUACGAUUACAUCAUGAUGACCUUAAUACUGCAUGGGGAUCGGGUGGUGAAGUGAUUGCAGCUCUAAAACCAUAUCGUAUUUUGAUAAGUUUGUUGGAUAAACUUGAAAUUGGAGGUGCAAUCCUAGAGGAUAUUUUGAUAGAAGUCUUUCGCUCUCUCUAUACACACUGUAAUAGUUUAGAAUUAGAUCGGGCUGAAUCUCUGAAAAAACAAAAAUUGAAGUCCCGUCGACAACGCCGACGAAGGAAAGAGGACAAGCCAGGAUCUGAAUUAAUCAAGACAGCCAACCUUCUGUUUAGUAGUUUUGAACCAUUCUAUAUCUGGGAUUACAUUGCCAGAUUAUUUGAAGCAUGUUGUAGAUUAAAACGUGUCAUGAGUGAUGAAGACAGUAUUGCACAAGACAAAGUCACUGUGCGAGAACUGUGUAAACUUGUUGAUUUCCUCUUGGAUAUGCUUUCCUUGGAAACCUACAUGGAAACUCAGACGGAACACUUGCCCGAACUUUUGUGUCAAAUCACGAUCUCUCUAACCAAUCAUGCUUCUAUUGUCAGUGUUGACGACAUUAAUGAUGGCUUGAAACUAUGUAAUAAAAUUCUGACCAAAGUCCUCCCCUCCAUGGCUACCACUCCUGUUGAUGGCACAGUGACGCAGUCUGGUGAGCAUGAUGAUCAUGUGGUGGAGGCUUCCAUUUCAGACCAAGAGGAAGGGAAGGCUACUGAUAAAGCCACAGAAGAGCAAAAAAAGGAAAUACAACCUGUUGAUUCAGAGGAUGGAGAAGUGAGGGAGAAGAAUGAAUCAGAAGGGGUUGGUAAAGAGGUGGAGGAGGGAGCUGAGUAUGGGGUGUCUGAGCUUGAACAUAAAGAGCAGUCAUCAUCUGAGGAAGUAUUUCCAGAAGAAAUAGAAAAACUGGAGGAGGAAGAAGAUGAAAAGUUUGAUCCAAAUCUUCUUGAGGAAGAUGAAAUCCCUAUUGAUAGGAUGAAUGAGACGAAUGUGUCUUGGGGUGAUGCAGACUCUAGUUCGGUUAAGUCUAGUAAAGAUGGCAAAGACAUUGUUAACCAAGCUGUACAAUCAACAACAGAAGCAGCUCUUAUGAAAACUGGUAAGAUCAGCCCCCCUGGGAGACUGAAUCCACCUGUAGAAGUAGAAAGUUGUAAAGAUGAUGAGGAUGAAGGCACUAUUUCUGAUGAUUCACAGGCAAGCCAUGUGGAACAAGAUGAUAUGGAUGAUACCCUGGUGAAUAUCCCACAUGCCAGACAUGAGAGUGAGAAGGAACCCCCUCCUUUGUUUCUCAUCCAGGCAUGCAUGCGAUGUUACCAGAACUUCUUCGCCAAAUUUGUUACAACUAAGAUUUUACCUUGUUCUGAAAUAGUAGGUACUUGUAUGGAGUACAUCACAACCUCAGAGUCUGUAUUAUUAGAAGGUAGAUCCUUACCUAAAGCCCAAGUUGAAGCAUUCACCACUGCAUGUCGUUUACUGGUAGAAUUUUCCUGCUUUCCACUAUAUUGUGAUGAGCAUGUGACUGCCAGUAUGCUGCAAGAAGCCCUCUACAAAGGAGACAGUACCUUACCUGAUUGGCUGCAGGCUCUCAUCACGUGUUCAUGUUUUGUCUGUAACUUUGAGAUUCAGAGCACUGCUGUCAGCACAAUGCUGGACUUGAUCAAUUUGACAAAAUCUGUGUCAACUCCAGAUAGUGAGAAAUCACUAAUUCCAUCUAUGCCAACCACUGUAAGACCCAAUGCUGGCAAAGUCUCUGUUGUCAUUGUACCAGCUAUUGCUCAGAUUCAUUUGGAUUUUAUUACCCAGCAUACAUCAUUCUUUCAGAUGGUUGCAUUCAAUCUAUGGGGUUGGUUGAGUGCGCAGACACCACAGUACCAUCAAAAAGCUGCUGAUCUGUUUUAUCAGUUACAUAGUAUAGCGCCCUCUAUGACUGUAUGUGAAGAUGUUAUUGGCAGAUCACUGGUUCAUGAAGACAAGGCUGUCUCCAUAGAAGGCCACGUCAAAUUUUCUUUAUUAUGGCAUCUCAUUCGUGGUAGGAUACUCACUACAAGUGCCAGUGGUAAAGCCAGGACAUUCGACAGAUGCAUGUUGAAUGUUCUUGAUCGUCUAUAUGACGCUGACAGCAUUACUAAAUCUGUUGUAUCGGCAUGGUUGAACCACGCCAUAGAGAGAGGAGAUGUGGCUCGCAUACUGGAACCCAUGCUAUUAGUUCUUCUGCAUCCAAAGACUGCACGUGUAUCAGUUCAGUUCCUGAAACUCAAUUCAACAGAUGCUUUGCACGCACAACUCAGAAUUCAGUCUCAAGAGGAACGAGCAAAAGACAAUGCUUAUGAUGCAGCAGAAAACCGAAUUCGCAGCAUUGCUAAUGUAGAUGGGGAGAUAAGUUAUUACAUUGAGAGAGAUGGCACCAGGGAACUAAUGAGAAAUAUGGAGAAGCAGAUGCCAGUGUUUGCUAUGACCAGUAUGGAUGACAAAGGCAAGUCUAUCACCAAGACAAAUAAAGGCAUUACAUACCAGCUACCGUCUGCCAAAGAAAUGGAACCUAUGAGUGUGAUUGUCAAUCCGUUUGGAUCACAGCAUUCCCUUGAAAGCGAGUCUGGAAGCGAAGUGAGUUCACAGGCUGCAGGAAGAUCUACUGUGGUUCAAGGUGUACCAAAUAGUUCACAAGAUAGUCUAGACCAGGUCAGAGCUGAAAGUCUGGAAAAUGACCAGGCCAGAGCUGACUCCUCAGAUGAGCACACAUGUCUAGAGUCAUACUCCUACAAUGUUAGUGAAUCUGCUGAAGAGAUAGCGAGAGGAAUUGUCAUAGAGUUAUUAAAUCGUGUUGUACCAGUGGCAGCACCACCUGAUGUUAGAGAGAUAGAAGAUGAAUCCAAAGAUGAAGAUACUGCUGUUUCCAAGACAGAUGCAGAGAGUCAUAUAGAGGAUGAUCCCAGAGGCAGUGUGGAUGAUCAUGGGGCUAGUGCCGAUGAUGAGGGUGGCGAGGAGUUUGAUUGGGACAAUUUUGAUCCAAAAAUAUCAGAAAUUGACACCGAACCUGGUGAUAUGGAUACCCCAAGCAGAAAGAUUAGUUCCACAUUGUUUGCCUCUGAAGCAAGACGUUCAGUAAAUAAUGUACAUCCACUACAUCAACAUAUGUUGAUGUAUAAACAAGUUUAUGAUUCACAAAGAACAAUCUACGUCUUAUCAGCUUUGAGAAACAUCCUACAGGUGAGUCCCAGACCUUUCGUGUGUGCGGCAUCAUCAACUAGCAUCAGUAGCAUUCACACACCUCAUCUAGUCACUCUGCAGAACCUGCUAGCAAGACAUAAGAGAUCAAUUGUAGGCAAGAGUUUCUAUGAUGAGCUUCCACUAGAAGCCAUUGCUAGCUUCAGAAGUAACACCUAUCUGGAAAUCUUGAUAUCUACAUGUAUGUAUUUCAUCCGGGGCUACUAUCCCAAGGACAUGCCGGCAACCUCGGAAGACAUUCGAGGCAACAAAGAUGUGCAGAUUCUCAGCAUUGAAAUCAUGACAAAAAUUCUUGGUGAGCUUGUUUAUGUUGUGAAGGAAAGUGGUAGAGGAACAGCAACGUUCAUCAAAGACCUACUCUCAAGAUGCAAAGUACAGAAAGCUAUUCUCCAUUGUUUAUUGGCGACUGUGUUGAAUGCACGUAAACAAGCUCUUCGACAGUACAGUGCUGGGUUUAAUAUGUCUGAUAAGAGUUCCCAAGCAGUACAGAUUCAUCUUCUACAGCUUGUCCAUACCAUUAUGAUACUGGAAGAACAGCUCUUCUCCCCGAGGGAAACCAAAGACUCCAGUACAGAUGAUGACAGCCUUGAAUGGGAACAUGUCAAACCCAAUUUCCAGCCUCAGAUGUCUUCACUACGAUUUGUACAGUCUGAGAGGAUCGCAUGCCAAGGAAUGUUUCUAUGUGCUAUUCUAAGUGCAUUAAGACAACCACAUAUGAGUCAUGUACAUCGUCAAUGGGUUGCCAUAGUUACUGAUAGUUUGCCAUACUUAGACAAAGGAUUAAGUAACAUUGUUGUUCCAGUAGGCAAUCAAAUUUGUAAAAACUUAGAAAGUUUGGCAUAUCUCUACGACAGUAAUGGUGGUUUCCAAAAAGAAAAAAGAAUGAUGACUAAACUAGAGUACAUUCCUCCUGACCACACCAUCUCCUUACUGGAAGGUCUAACUACAGUGUGUCAUUACUGCUUGCUGGAAAGUACCACCAACCUAUCAGCUGUCAGUUCUCGCCAUGCUGUCACCGCUCCAAGCCAGGAACCUGAUGCUGUGAAUCCUGCACAGCUGCUAAGCAAUCUGUUAGGUGCACUGAGUGGUGAUAAAAAUAAGGGCACAUCAGCCAGUGCCAAUGCUCAGAGUGCCAAUCCAGUAACUGAGUCUCGUAAAGGUCUAUUGGCCAUCUUACCUCGUAUCAUGUCUACCGUGGCUGUCCUUUGGUCUGCAAUCCAUAACUGUGAGUCAGCGCAAAUUAGUUCAGAUGCUUAUAUGAAGGAGAUGAAGGAAGCUAACUGGGUUAUAGGUACACCAAGGGCUGUUCGUCAGCAGAUAUUGGAGUUUUUGAGUCCUAUAGCAUUGCAUCAUGGUAUCAAUUUAUUGGGUGCUAUAGCAGUUGUAUGGAGUGAUAGGAGAAAGCACAGUAGACCUGUACUUGGUACAAGAAAGGUUGUUGUCAUACAAGAAGCAAAUGAGGAACAGUUAUUAUUAGUAGACCUAGUAUGUGCAGUUAAAGCAAUGCCCACAGAUACUGUUAUGCAAACAAUCAGACAAGUCCUCAAAUCACCGCCAUAUACUAUAAAAGACAAGAACCAGCCUUCUUUGGAAGUAAAUAUCCUCCAGUUUUUCUAUCAGUAUAUUUGUAAAGUGUCCACAUCACAGCUGGUUGAUUCCUGGCCGGGUGUACAAGCACUCUUGAAAGAAGGAUUACAACUAAAUCUAUCACCGCAAGGACAGUUUUUGCUUCUUGGAAUUCUCAAUGAGUAUGUGAUGAAGUGUCCAAGUUUCACUGAUCGCAAAGAUCAAAAAGACCUCCAAGAACUCACGCAUAAAUUAAUAGAAAAUACCAAUCAAAUUGUCGCUUCUUCACUGGGACAUAGUAAAUGGCUGAGAAGCAGGAAAUCUGUGAUUACUGGUCCACAUGAUGCAUACACUGAAGAUCUUGACUUGGAAGAUAGUCUUCCAGUGCCAGAAAUAGAAAUGUCUAGUAAAAGCAGUAAACAAGAAUUGGUACCUCCAUCUGGUUCAUCAAGUCCUAUUUGUCAGGUUUCACAAAGUGUACAGGCUUUGACACUGUUGUCAGAGAUAUUGGCUCAAUUACUUGAUGUAAUCUAUGGUAGUGAUGAGAAAGAAAAAGUUGUACCAUUACUACAGCAAAUCAGUUUGAAUGUAACACCCUAUCUCAAAAAUCACAGUUCUGGCAACAUGCCAGCUUUCCGUGCCUGUGUUGCUCUACUGUCUAGUCUCAGUGGUUACCAGUACACCAGAAGAGCUUGGAGAAAAGAUACCAAUGAACUAUUUUUAGAUGCAAAUUUCUUUCAAAUGGAUGCCAUAUGUAUACAUGGAUGGCGUACCAUCAUAGACAAUCUUAUGACACAUGAUAAGACAACAUACAGAGAUAUGAUGAUGCAUAAUACGUCAUCACUGAACCUAUUCUCCAAUAAAGAGCAAGAAAUGGAACAGAGAGCCCAACUAUUGAAAAGGCUUUCAUUCUGUAUUUUCUGCAGUGAAAUAGACCAGUAUCAAAAGUUCCUUCCUGAUAUACAGGAAAGAUUGGUUGAAAAUUUACGAUUGAUACAUGUGCCUGUAGUACAUGAACAGGUGUUUAUGUGUUUUCGUGUUCUUCUACUGAGAAUGUCACCCCAACAUCUGACUGGACUCUGGCCAACUGUCAUCUCUGAAAUGGUACAAGUGUUUCUACAUAUGGAAGAGCAGUUAUUUGGUGAAGAUGAGAGGACAACAAGUGGUUCUAAUGAGUCUACCAAAUCCUCUACCCUGAAUGGCAUUCCACCCACUCAUACCAAGCAAUGGCUGGGUCUCUACCUGGCUGCUUGUAAACUCUUAGAUUUAGCAUUAGUCUUGCCAGUACAAAUGAUGCCACAGUUUCAAUUGUAA